GAGGUCGCGCACUUCCGGGAGCGCCCGCGGCGGCGGCGGCGGCGCCGUGCCCGGUGAGCGCGCGCGGCGGGAGGGUGCCGUUCCCGGUGCCGCUGUCACCAUGAGUGCAGAGACGCUGGUGAAGGACGUCAAGCCGGGCCUCAAGAACCUGAACCUCAUCUUCAUCGUGCUGGAGACAGGCCGUGUGACCAAGACCAAGGACGGUCACGAGGUUCGCACCUGCAAAGUGGCCGACAAGAGCGGCAGCAUCAACAUCUCAGUGUGGGACGAUGUGGGGAACCUGAUCCAGCCUGGGGACAUCAUCCGCCUCACCAAGGGCUACGCCUCGGUGUUCAAGGGCUGCCUGACGCUCUACACCGGCCGGGGAGGAGACCUGCAGAAAAUCGGAGAGUUCUGCAUGGUUUACUCUGAGGUGCCCAAUUUCAGUGAGCCCAACCCCGAGUACGUGGCACAGCAGGCUCAGGGCAAAGGGGCCCAGCCCGAGAGCGCGGCCCCGGCAGCUCCGCCCCCCCCGGGCCCCCCCGCCGCCCCCCCAGGUCGGUACCGCAUCCCCCCCACCCCGCCCCGAGAGCCAGAACGGGAACGGGCUCGGUCCGGGGGUCCCCCCGCGCACCCCCCGAGCGGCCGCAUCACCCGGAGCCAGCCCGGGCCCGUCAGCAACGGCAAAGAGACGCGGCGGAGCGGCAAGAGAUAA